AUGUUCGGUAUCGGGUUUGCAGAGUGUAUGCCUCCUACACGACACUGCAUACUCCUACGUGUGAGAUACUUAUGGCUUCUCCCUUCAGUCAUCCUUGUGUUACGCACAUAUGCUAUCUACGAGUCGUCGCCAAGAAUUCUUGCAUUUCUGCUGUUUUUGUGGGUUUGCUGGGCAGGAGGUAGCUUGUAUGCCAUAAGCAUGUUCACGAAGUCCCUCGUGUGUAAGGUCUCAGUUACUGGUAUAGUGAACAUGACGACGCUUCUAUUGAAUUUGCACACAGUUGAAUAUCCUCCGGUCGAGCUCGACGGUCUGGUGACAGGAUGCUACAUGGUGGAUGCUCGUCCUGUGGUUUUCGGAGCUUUUGCGGGCAUGCUUCUGCUCGAGCUUGGUGAUUUUUGA